AUGGUCGCCUCGGCCAUCAAGGUGUUCUUGCGCAUCCGGCCCAGCGCGCGCCCCUCGAAGGCGUUCAAGAAGUCCGACGAGGGCGUCGUGUCUUUCGACCUCGAUCAGGUCAGGAAGGUCUCGGCGGAUUGGGAGGUGAACAACAACAAGGCCACCUACCAGUUCAAGCUGGACCACGUGCUGGAUAUGAAGACCACGCAGGAAGAGGUCUUCGACCUCGUGGCGAAGCCAGUCAUCGAAGACGUUCUUAAUGGCAUCAACGGGACCAUCUUCGCGUAUGGCCAGUCUGGGAGCGGGAAGACGUUCACGAUCACUGGCGGCGCUGAGAGGUACGCGGACAGGGGCCUGAUCCCUCGCACCAUCGCUUACUUGUUCGAGGCUUUCCGGCAACGCCAUGACGCUACGUAUAGGCUGCACGUAUCUUACCUUGAGAUUUACAACAACGAGGGCUACGACCUGCUGUCGCGUGACGACAGCGCUCGAAGGUUGGAAGAUCUGCCCAAAGUCACGUUGCGCGAGGACGAGGAGGGCAACACCCACCUCCGCAAUCUCGACAUGUGCGCGGCGCCGAAGGCGGAGGACGCGCUGAACUUGCUUUUUGUGGGCGAUACCAACCGCGUGGUAGCAGAAACGCCGCUCAACGACGCCUCCACCCGCAGCCACUGCAUGUUCAUCCUCUGGGUGGAGUCGUCGCAGGCGGGCAGCGACACGGUGCGGAGGGCGAAGCUCCACCUAGUGGACCUCGCCGGCAGCGAGCGCCUCUCCAAGACUGGUGCAGAGGGCAAGCUCGCCACGGAGGCGAAGCAGAUCAACCUCUCGCUGCACUACCUGGAGCAGGUGAUCGUCGCGUUGCACGAUCGGGCCCAGGGCCGAGCCACGCACGUGCCGUACAGGAACUCCAUGAUGACCUCAGUGCUUCGGGACUCGCUGGGCGGCAACUGCAGGACCGUCAUGGUGGGCACGCUCGCCGUGGAGGACACCUGCGUGGACGAGUCGAUAUCCACCUGCCGCUUUGCGCAGCGGGUAGCCUGCGUCAAGAACAACGCCAGCAUCAACGAGGAGUUGGACCCUGCCCUCCUGAUCAAGCGGUUGAAGAAGCAGGUGGCGGAGCUCAAGGAUGAGCUGAAGUUGCUCAACAGCGACGGCGAGGAGGAGCUGACCGAGAGGGACCGCGAGGAGUGUCAGAAGCUGGUGGCCACGUACCUGGCCGAGUCGGACCUGCAGGCCGCGUUCGUGUGUGGGUCCAGUGGCCGCUUCCGGGAGUGCUUCCGGAUCUUGAAGGAGACCUACGGCCAGCGCCGGCCGGGAGGCCUCCCGCCGGCGGGGCAGCGCGGCGCCGGCGCCUCGCGCGUCGCCGCGCCCUCCGGCGGCGCCGCCCUCGGCACCCUGGAGGCCAUGGUCCGGGAGUUGCGGCAGCAGGUGCAGCAGCGGGACGAGGAGAUCAGCAUGCUGUUGAGUUCCCUCGGCAAGAGGAGCAAGGCCCGAGAAGCGCAGGCUGCGGCCAAGGACGGCCCCGUCUUUAUCAAGGCCGCCGCGGCGGCGCCCGCGGCGCAGGGUGCCGCGGCCGGCAGCGGUGGUGCCUCCACGGGGGCGCCGCCUGACGCCGCGGCCCUCCUGUUGGACCGGAACCAGGCCUUCGAGGUGUUCCGGAAGUCGAUGCGGCGGAGUGAGACCCUCGAGGGGAGCAAGGAGGCUACUCGGCGUCUCGUCGCCGAGGCCAAGGAGAUGGGGGAGAAGGCCAACGGCGCACGAGCGGCGAUCGCCGAGAGGCAGAGGCACAUCGAGAAGUUGCGCAUGGAGCGCGCCCUGGAGUGCAACCCGCGUGACGUGUCUGCCGAGCGUCCUGCCUCGCCGCUCGACGGCCCCGAAGUGGCUGCGCUGCUGGCCGAGAUCGAGGAGCACAAGCGGACGUACCACAAGUGCACAGAGCGGCUCAAGCAGGCGAAGGAAAAAAUCGACGCGUACCGGCAGAGCGCCGAGCAGAACAAGGAGCGGAUGCAGCGCGACUUCGAGGCCUGGUUCGCCGCAGCCCAGGCCGCCACCGCCUCGGCGCCUGGCCCCACUCUGCAGGGGCCUGCUGGGGGCUCCGGCCUGCCAGCGCCCGCGGCAACGCCGGCGCCCGCUGCGGCGCCGGCGCCCGCGCUGGCAGCCCCGGCCCAGGGCCCCGGCACUCUCACGGGCCACGCGCAGACCGACGGCGACAUCGCCGAGCUCUUCGCGGCCGUGGCCAGCCUGCGGAGCUGGCCGGGGAUGCCUCGCCCGAACGUGCCAGCCGCGACGGCCUCCGCCCUCGAGAGCCCUGCCGUGGCCGCCGGCGCGGAGCCGCCCCCGGCCGCCCAGCCUCUCGCUGCCGGCGGCUGGGCGCCCCCCGCCGCGGCGCCGGGGCCGCGCGGCGGCGGCCACUGGGCCGGGGUGAAGGUCGAGCCGCGCAGCAAGGGAGAGGACCUCUCCGAGCCGGAGAAGAUAGAGAGGCGGGUGAUGUGGCUGAACCGCAACGGCCGGCUAGCGAAGCACAUGGAUCCCGGCGAGGUGUUGCCUGCGCUUGAUUGCAUCGGCUUCCGGCAGGCGAUGCGCGUUCUACGGCGCCUGGAGGAAGCAGCCGCCACCGUGGCCGACCCAGACGAGUUCGUCAAGGACCUCGUCGCCAGAUCUGGGUGGAUCUGGUCGAAGCCCGACGUCAUCGACGACGACGAGAAGGUCGCGAAGCGCGUUGCCUGGAUCAACCAGUUCGGCGGGCUGUCGCAGCCUAUCGACUACGCCGCGGUGGCAGACAUCUUGGAUGGACUGAAGGUGGCGCACGCCAUGGUGUUGCUCCGGGAGCUGGAGGUGCAGGCCCACCGCAUAGACGAUCCCACGGAGUACAUCCGCAAGACUGCGUCGCUGGCGGGGGAGGACGACGUGCACAUCCCGCUCGUGGACCAGGGCUCCUCGAUCGCGCAGAGGGUGGCCCAGCUCAACGAGAGCGGCGUCCUCGCCCGCGCCAUCGAGGUGAAGGACGUCGGAGAGGACCUCGCGCGGCUCGGCGACGAGGCCGCGAUGCAGCUGCUGCGGGAGGUGGAGCUGAAAGGCUCGAGCGUCAAGGACCCGACGGGGUUCCUGAAGUUCAAGCUCAAGGCGAAGCUCGCCACGCUGAGCGGGGCCACGCUGGAGGAGGUGGUAGACGAUGAGACGAAGAUACUGAAGCGCGUCGAGUGGCUCAACGACUACGGCGGGCUGCAGCAGGACAUCGACUACAACAGCGUGGCGGCCCGGCUGAAGGGUGCCGGCCUGGAUGCCGCCAUGGCUGCUCUGAAGGAGCUGGAGGACGGGCGCAAGAGCCUCGCGGACCCCACGGCCUUCCUGCUGGCGUGCCCGCGGCUGGCGGUGCAGCGGCCGGCGCGGGGCAGGCCCGCUCCGCCGACUGCCGCUGGCGCGGCGGAGGGCGCCGACCUGCAGGCGGUGACGAGGUUCGUGGGCUUCCUGAACAGGAACUCCAAGUUGAAGAAGCCCGUCAAGUUCAGCGACGUCGCGAGCGCCAUGGACAGCCUCGGACCCGCCCGGGCCACGAAGGUGUUGCAGGAGAUGCAAGAGAAGGGCCUUGGUCUGGACGACCCUGUUGCCUACAUCAGGGCCAAGGCGCAGCAGGCCGCACCCUUCGGGACCGACGACGCUGCCGAGGAGGUAGACGACGUCGGGAGGAUUACCAAGCGGAUCCAGUGGCUGAAUCAAUUCGGCAACCUCUCCAAGAAGAUCAAGGUUGACGACGUGGUGGGCGCGCUCUACUGCCUGGGGCUGAGGCAGUCGAUGGCGAUAUUGCGGGGCCUGCAGCUCCAGAAGAGUCCGCCCGCCCGAGGCGCCGGAGUGCCGGAUCCCACCUGGUACAUCAAGGCCGCCGUGCAGCGGGCCAACGGGGUGCGCGUGGCGCCGCCCCCGGCGGAGCUGGCGGCGGAGGUGGGCGCGGAGGGCGACGGGCAUCCCGCCCCCGAGGGGGACCGCGCUGUGCUCGGCGCGACAGGCCCCGAGGCGGCCCUCAGGAGCCGCGCGGAGUACAACGAGGAUCAGGGUAGAACCGGGGAUUGGGAGAGGGGGGGUCGGUGCCCCCCUUCCCGCCUCCCACCCGGCUCGAACUGA